AUGGGUAGCUUCCAAAAACCCCUAAUCUCAGCUUUUGUUCUCGUUUUGGUGAUUCUACCUCUUCUAGUCUCAGCCACAAAGGAAGAAAACGAAUGUGGAGGCUCCAUCGGAGAAGGCUCUGCUGCGGAGAAGGCAACGGCUCUUAAAUACAAGAUCGGAGCUUUCUUCUCCAUCUUAGUCGCCGGAGUGAUCGGAGUCUGUUCACCUAUCUUCGGCCUCAAUUCAGAGAGCAAUUUCUUCAUGUUUGUGAAGGCAUUUGCCGCCGGAGUAAUCUUAGCCACCGGUUUCGUCCACAUUCUUCCCGAUGCCACCGAGAGCCUCACAAGUCCGUGCAUUGGAGAAGAGCCACCGUGGGGAGACUUUCCGGUGACGGAACUCGUAGCUAUGGCUGCAGCAAUUUUGACCAUGUUGAUUGAGUCCUUUGCUUCAGGGUAUUUGAACAGAUCUCGGUUAGAGAAAGAGGCUAAGACCUUGCCGGUGAGUACUGAUGGAGAUAAGGAGGAGCAUUCUCAUAUUGUCUCUGCUCAUACUCAUGCAUCACAAGGACAUUCUCAUGGCUCUCUUCUCGUUCCCCUAGAUGAUCACAUUGAUCUGAGGAAAAAGAUUGUAACUCAAAUAUUGGAAUUGGGGAUUGUGGUUCACUCAGUGAUAAUAGGAAUAUCUCUGGGAGUAUCUCCAAGUGUGAGCACAAUAAAGCCUCUCUUGGCUGCAAUAACUUUCCAUCAAUUGUUUGAAGGUUUUGGUCUUGGUGGCUGCAUCUCUGAGGCAAAGUUUAGAGUUAAGAAAAUAUGGGUUAUGGUGUUGUUCUUCGCACUCACAGCACCAGUAGGGAUCGGAAUCGGUAUUGGCGUAGCCGAGACAUACAACGACAACAGCCCGAUCGCACUAAAAGUUUCCGGUUUUCUUAACGCUGCAGCCGCCGGAAUCUUGAUUUACAUGGCCCUUGUUGAUUUGGUCGCUCCACUAUUCAUGAACCACAAAGCUCAGAGUAGUAUGAAGAUACAAUCAGUCUGUAGUUUUUCUCUUAUUCUUGGUGCUGGUUUGAUGUCUCUUUUAGCUGUUUGGGCUUGAAAAAGUUUGGAUUUUUGAUUUUGUUUCUUGAGAUGUUGUAGAACAGAGAAAUAAGGUUUUAAUUCAGAUUUGAAUACAAUGAUAUACCGG